ACUCCUUGCGCUUCCUUUUCCAAGCAGCCAUGCCAGCAGCGGCCCCUGCGAAGAUGGCGGAUGUAGUUGCGGAGAACGUAGCGGACCAGAAACCAGUCUGCGACCACGAGUUGGACGGAGAGGCGGACGACAAAGAGGAGACCGACCCAGUGGGGGAGACGGCGAAAAAGAAGAAGAAAAAGAAGAAGAAGGCGAAGCCUGCCACGACAGAUGCAGAGGUGAAUGGAGUGGCUGAAGUGUCCAAACAGUUGGAGAAGCAGGUGAUAGAAGACAAAGAAAAGGAGGAGGGAGAAGAAGAUGUAGAUGAUGGGGAGAAUUCAGCAGAGAAAAAGAAGAAGAAGAAAAAGAAGAAGAAGGGAGCCAAAACUCAGACUGAUCCUCCUUCUGUGCCCAUCUGUGAGUUGUACCCAAGUGGAGUUUACCCCAUCGGGCAGGAGUGUGACUAUCCCAUUGUGCAGGAUGGCCGCCCUGCAGCGUGGCGCACCACCAACGAGGAGAAGCGGGUGCUGGAUAAAGCCAACGAGGAGUUGUGGAGCGACUUCAGGCAGGCAGCCGAGGCACACAGACAAGUCCGCCAACAUGUCCGCAGCUUCCUCAAACCUGGCAUGACCAUGAUUGAAAUCUGCGAGCGACUGGAGGACUGUUCUCGUAAGCUGAUAAAGGAGGACGGGCUGAACGCCGGCUUGGCUUUCCCCACCGGCUGCUCCCUGAAUCACUGUGCUGCCCACUACACUCCCAAUGCCGGCGACACCACUGUCUUGCAGUACAAUGACGUCUGCAAGAUCGACUUCGGCACGCACAUCAACGGACGGAUUAUAGACUGUGCCUUCACUGUCACAUUUAACCCAAAGUACGACAAGCUGCUGGAGGCUGUGCGAGAGGCCACCAAUACUGGAAUCAAGUGCGCUGGCAUUGACGUGCGUCUGUGUGAUGUUGGAGAGGCCAUUCAAGAGGUGAUGGAGUCCUACGAGGUCGAACUUGAUGGCAAAACGUACCAAGUGAAGCCAAUCCGAAACCUGAACGGUCACUCAAUUGGUCAGUACAGAAUACACGCUGGUAAGACUGUGCCAAUCGUUAAAGGAGGAGAAGCAACAAAAAUGGAGGAGGGAGAAGUUUACGCCAUAGAGACAUUCGGCAGCACAGGGAAGGGUGUGGUCCACGAUGACAUGGAUUGCUCUCAUUAUAUGAAAAACUUUGAUGUUGGCCAUGUCCCCAUCAGGCUGCCCCGAGCGAAGCAUCUGCUGAACGUCAUCAAUGAGAACUUCGGCACCCUGGCGUUCUGCCGCCGCUGGCUGGAUCGCCUGGGCGAGAGCAAGUACCUGAUGGCCCUGAAGAACCUGUGUGACCUGGGCAUUGUGGACCCCUACCCUCCGCUGUGCGACACCAAGGGCUGCUACACGGCUCAGUUCGAACACACCAUCCUACUCAGGCCCACCUGCAAGGAGGUGGUGAGCCGCGGAGACGACUACUGACACCCCCGCCCCUCAAAAGCACCGCUACCAGAAAUUACCCCUUCGCCACCACACAGCAUCUCCAGAACCUGUUAGCAAAUCCUCUUUUAAAAAGCAGAAAGAAAUAGCUUCAAAAACAGGAAGUGGUUGUCUUGGAACAGUAGUAAAGGAUGCCAAAUGCUUGUAUUCUACCUAAACUGCACAAUUUACGCAAAGACAAAAAGACUGGCUCUGAGUUUUCUGUGAACAGCCACAUUUACAGGAAUUGUAAAUGCACGUUUCAGUUUGAGGGGAAACUACGUGGCUUUCUCCAUAUCCACAUUUACCAAAAUAAAAACCAUACUUUUAAACAGUCAUGUGUUUUUAGGCUGCAGCUGCUUUAAGAGCAACUCCUGUAUUUAACAGAGUGGGGAAAAAGAAUUUACACCCUUGAAGUAUCAGUGCCUCCACACUGAAGGUGUUGGAGUCAGUGGACGCUCAGAUGCUACUGACGGGGUGUCAGACGUGCUCUGGCCAAUGCAUGGCCCAGAAACCUCUGCAAACAUGAUCCUAUCACGAAAAGCUCUGGGUGUCGUGAUGUGCAUGGCACCGUGCAUCCACAGCUGUAUGUCUGGCUUCUGCUGCUACUCGAGGGAUUGCUGCACUCUGGCCCUCCUCUCAUCCUUUUUUGGUAUUUGGACGAUAUCUAUGAAAUGGUUGCUGCCACUGUAUGUCCCUAGAUAAAAUGCUUCAUUUUGAACUCCCUGAAAAUGUUUUUGUAAGAAACGGAUAAUUAAAACACUUUUGCUCAUUG